ACAAGAGCAGGAGUUGUAUUUUUUAAUUUUGAUUUUAUUGUCAUUUCUAGCAGAAAAAUGUCACUUAGCGUAUCUGGACUAUCCACACCCGUUAAUGUACGCAAUGAUGUCCGCCACAAUUUUGAGAUAAUGCAAAUUGUAUAUAAGCUCUACAACGAACAGAAGUACACGGAUAUUUUAUUCGAGUUUCCCUACACGAAAUAUAAAUUUACAGCACAUCGCCUGAUUCUCGCAGCGGCAAGCCCAUAUUUUCUAGAACUCUUCGACAAUGCCGACGACGAUUGCAACUCGCUAACGGUAACGAAAAUGGAAAGUGAUACUUUUGAACAAUUGGUAAUCUACUGCUACAACGGACAGACGGAUAUUACGGCUGGUAAUGCAGAGCGUAUGGCCAAAGGCGCUAUGCUGUUACGUUUAUACGAUGUUGUUGACAUUUGUGUAAAUUACAUGAUGGAUCAUAUAAAUGAUUUCUUAGUACGCAAGCUGAUUACAUUGGCAACGGAAAUGGAGUACAAAAAAUUUGAAACGCGUUUACUCGCUUAUAUUGUGAAGAACUUUAAGGAGUUGAACCAAAAUGGCGAAAUAUUUGAUCUCAAUGUGGCACAGUGGAAAUUUAUCAUAAAAGAAUUGGACGUCAAUGUAGUUUCCCAAGCGGAUAUAUUUUGGGCCAUCAAAUGCUGGUAUGAGUACAAAGCAACCGAGCGUCAGCAAUAUCUGCCCGAUUUGAUCGGUUCGCUUGCACUUACCGAAUUUGACAACGAUUUUCUAAGACAGCAAAUUAAACCAUUACCCGGUUGUGAAGGUUUAGCAACAGAAGCGCUUAAAAGACGUGGCGACUUGCCUACGUGGGUGGCGGUACAGAACUGGGGUGAAAAUUGGUUAGGUUAUAAGGAUAUAUUACUUUACAAUCAGGCUAAAGAGGAAUGGAUAAAAGCUACAGGCUUGGAAAUUAAAAGAUAUUAUUUCAGCACAGCAUUUAUGGAGAAUAGUCUCUUCUUCAUCGGCGGCCGCAGCAUGGAUGGUAUAAGCAAGGCUGUGCUCGGCUACAAUUUGCUAACAAAAAAAUUUACAGAAAUGCCGUCAUUGCAAGAUAAGCGUACUAGCACUAGUGUUGCAGUAGUGAAUAAUGCUAUAUAUGUUUUUGGUGGUAAGGCUGGCAAUGACUCGCUGAUUAGUGUGGAAUGUUACAGUACGUCAAUUGGGCGUUGGGAGUAUAGAUCUGCCAUUCCUACACGUCGGGCUUCAGCCGGCGUUGCCAUCUUGAAUGAUGACAUAUACUUAAUAGGUGGUAAGGAUUUGCGCGCCUUAAACAAAGUAGACCGUUAUAAUGUUGCCACUAAUAGCUGGCAUUAUUGUAACCCAAUGACUGAAGCACGAGAAAGUCCAGCUGUGGUUGCGCAUCAAGGUUAUAUUUACGCAAUGAGUGGAGGUUUUAGUGACUUGAAAACCGUCGAACGUUACGAUCCAAAGCAAGACAAAUGGACUAAGAUAGCUUCGUUGAAUGUCGCGCGUAGAUACAUCUGCGCCGCCUCGAUAGGUAAUCAAUUGUGGGCAUUUGGUGGCGUGAUCGGUCCUGCACAGUGGGACGAUACUGUCGAGGUUUACGAUGUAUCCAGUGAUAAAUGGCUGGUAAAGAAAAAAUUACCGGUUACUGGAAAGUUUGAUUGUGUAGCAAUGCCUACAAGCUUGGCCGAUAAUCUUAAAUGAGAUUUUCGAAAAUCUAUAAUAGCUUGUCAUAUAUUUAACCACAAGCAAAUAAAUGAAAUAAAUUUCAUUAACUAUAAACAAA